CGCAGGCCAUCAUCCCAAGCCAGUCGCGAAGCCGACGAGUCUCCGAAGCGAAGCAACCCUGCCCGAGGCCGAACCAAAGCCCAGGCCCAGGCCCAGGCUUCAGCGGUCGGUCGCCGGCGAUGCCGUUCCUGUCGACGCCGUCGUUCGACCUCUCCGCCGGCUCGGAACCCACCCUCGGCCCGCGCCCCAUGCCAAUUCCUUUUCCGGCUACUGCUGAUGCGCCGGCGGCCGCGCAUCGGCAGCAGCCACAGGUGUCGGAGGCGGCGGCGCGGCGGCUGCGGGAGGCGGAGGAGCGGCUGAGGGAGGCCAUCGAGGAGCUGCACCGCCAUCAGGGCGGGGACGGAGGGAAGGGGAAGGGGGAGGGUGAGCAGCUGGAGGGCGGGUGGGGGUGCGGGCACGAGGGGGAGUCGUGCGUGGCACACGCGGCGGGCAACCUGUGCCAGACCUUCCUGCUCUCCUACGGCGUGCGCGUCGGCAUCGGCAUCCUCCUCCGCGCCUUCAAGCUCGCGCGACGCAGGUCCUACGCGUCGCUCCUCGACCUCAAGCAACUGGUUUCGGAGAAAGAUCUUAUAGUAAGGGAGGAAGCUUGCCGCAUAGGGUUACUUUUUGGAGGGUUCACUGGAUCAUAUCAUGCACUUAGAUGUUUCCUAAGGAGAUUUCGGAAAAAGGAGACACCGUACAAUGCAAUAUUAGCAGGUUCGGUGGCAGGCUUGGCCAUACUAGCACUAGAUGAUUCAAGUAGGAGGCGCACUCUAUCUCUAUAUCUUCUAGCAAGGCUUGCUCAGUGUGCAUAUAACUCUGCAAAGUCUAAGAAUAAAUUUCACUUUUGGGGAAGCCAUUGGAGACAUGGAGAUACAUUACUUUUUUCUGUGGCAUCUGCUCAGGUUAUGUAUUCUUUUGUUAUGAGGCCUGAGAGCUUACCUAAGUCGUACCAAGACUUCAUCCUCAAGACAGGACCAGUUGCAGAACCUGUUUUUAAGAUUGUCAGAGAAUGCUGCAGAGGUGGUCCUGUGGAUAUCAUUGGCCUCUCAGCUUACUUAUCAAACAAGAAGAAUUCAAAUUUGAUAAAUUUGACAAACAAUCCAUCCAUUAUUCCGUGUUCCGUGAUUCAUCCUGACAGAGCAUCAUGCUUGGCUCAUAAUGUUAAUGUUGUUUCAUCAACAUUCAAGAAGACAUUCCCAUUGUAUUUCUCAUUGACAUUUGUCCCCUUUGUUGUUCUACGUCUUCAAAAGUUCUUGGAAUCUCCAGCUGCAACUAGUUGGCGCGCUCUUGUGGGUGCAGUUCGCUCUACCACCUUUUUGUCUGCUUUUGUCACUCUCUUCCAGGCUGCCAUUUGUUUGCACCGUAAAGUUGCAAACAAAGACCACAAACUUGUGUACUGGUUUGCUGGUUUAGUGUCGGGUCUUUCAAUUCUUUUGGAAAAGAAAGUUAGAAGAGCUGAGCUAGCCCUCUAUGUAUUCCCCCGUGCUGGAGACUCUCUAUGGUAUAUAUUAAUCAACCGGCACCUGAUCCCAAAUAUUAAAAAUGCUGAGGUGGCACUUUUCUGCAUGUGCAUGGGAGGAAUCAUGUACUUUCUGGAGUACGAACCAGACACCAUGGCUCCAUUCCUCAGAGGCCUCAUCCGGCGCUUCCUGGCAAGCAAGAUCAGCAACCUGAGCCCGCCUCCCAAUCGCAAUGCCUCCUACUCAUACGUUCAGACGCUAAACGCACUGGAGCAAUCGAGAACCCAACCAGGUCCGGAGAAUGCCCUGACUGCAUCCGAAAAGUACAACCUUGAAUCAAUUCCUGGACUUUAGACAUCACGUUUGUGCUACUGGUAGUGUUUUGUCUUAUGGCUUUGAGAAAUCAGUAAAUCUGAGCAAAUCAACAUCUGUCGCGUGUGCCAUCCUGUGGUAUGGAUGGGGUUAAAUCCUACCAUACGGGCUCUGAUGUUUUGACGUCCGUUGCAAAAUAAAUAAAUAUAUAAGCACAGUUCGUUGUUGGUGCGGGAUAAA